AUGACUUCAACACCAUAUCUUGAGCGAUAUCGCCAGCUGGGCACGCUGGACCAGCAAAAGAAUCAGCUUAUCGAGGAUCUCCUUCAGCGAGUAACCGACCUAGAGGCCUCCUUCGCCCAAGAAAAACUCGACCAUGAACGCGAGACUCGGUUCAAUCGGGAUAUUCAGCUACAUGAAAUGGAGUUGAUGCAACAGAUAUCCCAGAUCAAAACUAUUAUGGACCGAGAACCUUUUGUUGUCGUGUUACUUGACGGCGAGGGCAUAAUCUUCAAGGACGAAUUUUUGCAGGCCGGCGAAGAGGGUGGCCGCAACGCGGCGGACCAGCUCUACGCUUCGAUCCAUUCAUAUUUAAAGUCGAAUCUCCCGAGCGUCACCACCCCGAAGAUAAUGAUGAAGAUUUACAUGAAUGCGAAAGGCUUUGGAGAGCAGUGCGCGCGCAACGGAGUCUUCACAGAUCCCUGUGCCAUCCAUGAUUUUAUUCGAGGCUUCAACGAGACCAUGUCGUGUUCUGAAAUUGUGGAUGUCGGAUCUGGAAAAAGCAGUGCGCAUAAUAAGAUUCAAGGUUUGUGGCUCAACCUCUGGUAUAAUAUUUGUGAAGUCUUGACUGAUCCGUUUUUUCUCCACUGUGCAGAGACCUUCCAAGUUUUUCUUUACAAUUGCCACUGCCACCAGAUCUUCGUCGGCUGCCCGUCCAAUACUGAAUAUGCGCUCUUCCUUGAAGAUGUGUCAAAAGACAACGACCUCACUGGCCGCGUCUCGCUUGUGGAGGGUGUCGCAUUCGAGAAAGAAUUGGAUGCAGUGAAAAGUUCAUAUCGCAUCGCGAAAUUCCCAGAUGUUCUCCGAUCCACAAAAAUGGCACCUGCGUGGGCUGCCGCUCCUUGGAAGAGCGCCUUGCCCACGAGAUCUGUGCUCACGCCUUCUCCUUCCCGACAAUUCUCGAAUUUGACAUCCACCAACACGAGUGCCUCGGGCGUCGCCUUGUCAGUUUCAACUCCGAAUCAAAUCGACACUGCGCCUGAUUUCCAACACGUGGCUCGCCCCAAAGCAACUGGCUCCACGGCUCCUAAAACGGUGGAGCGCAAUAAAUACGGGCAGCGUGUGGAUCGCCUUGACUUCAAGAGCAUUCCUCGUGAUGAUUUGAAUCGCCUGAAGAAGCUGAAGCUGUGCAACUACCACUUCCUACUGGGAGAGUGUCCUAACGAAGAGUACUGCUACCACGAUCAUGAUCGCAAGUUGACUAAGCAGGAACUUCAUAUCUUGACUGCCAUUGCUCGUAUGACUCCCUGCCGAUUUGGUCUGGAUUGUGAUGACCCCGAGUGUAUCUACGGUCAUCGCUGCCCCCAGAGCGAGCCUGGGAAAAAGACCUGCUUCCGUGGCGAUAGUUGUCGAUUUGAACCAAUCGCUCACGGCAUUGACACCACUAUCGUUAAAGUGACAAAGAUUUAA